AUGAGCUCAGAAAGCUUUGGACCCUGCUCAGAUAUUGAGAUCUUUUUUGAAGAGGUCGUUGAAUGUCUCUGGGACACACUGAGCAGAGACGAACUGCUACUCCUGCUGAAUGAAUUCCUGGAGAGAAUUGAGGCUGAGGCCAGUUUGUCCAGGGAAGAAGUGGAGGCAUUAUGUAAAUUUCUGAAUGAGUUGAAGACAGACGUGGCUAUGGAAGACCAAGAGAGAUUCCAACAGGACCUGCUAGACAGGCAGAGGUUUUUAAAGGAGUUUCCUCAGGUGGAACAGGAGCUGGAAGAGAGCAUAAGAAAGCUCUGUGCACUUGCAGACAGGGCUGACAAGUCACACAGGGACUGGACCGUUCAGGUGGUGGCCAACUCCACCGGCACUGUGUCUGGUGUUCUGAGCACCCUUGGCCUGGCUCUGGCACCCGUGACAGCAGGGGCCAGUGUGGCGCUCUUGACCACUGGGUUAGGGCUGGGAGCAGCAGCUGCUGUGCCCACUGUGUCCUCCAGCAUCGUGGAACACUUUAGCAGGUCAUCAGCAGAAACGGAAGCCAGUGGCCUGUUGUCAACUAGCGUCAAAGAAAAGGUGUCUGUGGGAGCUCGAUGGUUUGCUGUCCCAGCAGAAAAGCAAUUCCGUCUCUCCAGUCUCCUGAAGCAGUGCUACCUGAGCCCCCGGGUCCACUGCCGCCUGUGUGAGAAGUGCACGUGGGCAGAGACGUCCACAGCUCUGGAGCUCUGCAGCAACCCGUACCGCAUCGGCCAGAGCAAGGUCUUCUUCCAGGCCACCACGCUGGCCCACCUGGAGGAGGAGCGGGACCUGAAGAUCACGGACGUCAUCACCAGCUUCCAGGCCUGCUGCAGCGGCUACCUGGCUAGGAAGGGAGACACCCAGAGCCGGCUGUCCCCAGAGGACCCCGAGCUCCAGGGAGGAGGCGCCCUUAAGUCCUGA